AUGCUCAACUGGGGAUUACUAUGUUGGGGUUUGGCGGUGGGUGCCUCUCUUCGCUCACAAAACCCCGCAAACCAACGCGUGGACGAAGUCAAGGUCGUGCAAAGCAAGACAGGUACCACACAGCGUGAGACAGGGACUAUAGUACUUAAUACAGGGAUGGUGGGAACUGGAUGGAGAGGAACCGCAGCACCUCAGAGAGGGAUGUUAGCUCACGAAAUAGGGAUGAUGAGAUCUGUAGUAGGUGUGGCGGGGAAUGAGGUUGGGUCAGUAGGUCGUGAGGUUGAGUCAGUAGGUGGUGAGGCUGGGUCAGUAGGUGGUGAGGCUGGGUCAGUAGGGCGUUCUGUGAAGGAGGGUUCGGUGUCAUCUUCUUCUUCGACUACGACUACUGCGUCGCCGACGGUUCGUUUGACAGUGGCUUUGAGAGGUGACGAGGGAGUGGAGCGUUUGGAUGACGUGUGGGGCGACUAUCAGUGGCACGAUGCGGUGCAAGAGCAUUGGCCGUGGAAGAUACCGGCAUUGUCUGUGGUGCGGCCGGGUUCGAAUGUGCGUGAGGGACAUGUGCCGAGUCCGCGUCCGUUAUCUGUGUGGCAGCCGGAAGAUUAUACGGCAUCGUAUGAGUGGGUGGGUGAGGCGUUGGCGAACCGUACAUGGCCCACAUUUGCUCCGUUUGUAUCAUAUGGUCCUAACGAGGAGGGUGAGUAUGGUCACUGGUCGUGGAAGUCCGCGAAUCCGAUCCAGCCGGAGGCAGACGGGCAUGUGGAGAGGGUGGAUUCGAAUGCGGGAUGGCAGGUAGACAGUGAUGGUAUAGUGCUGCCGGAGGAGUAUGUGUUCCAGCAUCGGAAGUUCAACAGGACGGAAAGCACAUUCGUGAUAAAGUAUUACGAAUUAAGUGUGAAGAGCGACGAGUGUGGACGGUACUUGAGAGAGAGCUGCGAUGGCUGGGGUGUCCGCAGCGAUAACGGGUACGGAUUUAUAUUGGACAACGACCCCGCCGUAGAACACUGUCUCGGUGCCGUACCUGCUACUUGCGUUGUGAGCGUCAGCGGCUAUUGGAACUUUACCGCCCCUCAUGCACCAGACCUAUGUUGCUCCAAUGUCUUCGGCGUACGGCUACCCUCACCCGGACAUCUUGUCCCACGGCAGGAAUGCGUCUACGGAAACAUCACCGUACAUAACUUCGCCCCACUAGGCUCUCUGCGCGACCAAUACGCACUCACCGGCGGUACAAACACGUCAGACUUCUGGAACGGCCAGGGCAAACGACCCUUAGCUCCUUGGAACGUUAUGGACUGUCUCAACAACGCAGCCGAGCCCUAUGAAAGAGGGUGCCAAGCAAGAAUCGAAUUCGGAAAAAACAUACCCGACCAGAUCUGCUCACCAGCUGACUUUUACCACUCCAUACUAAUAUCCAACCCGGAGGACUACCAAUUUACACUAAGUGAGCUUUCACGCACCUACCACUGGCAAGCCUGGGAUCACCAAAGCGGUAAUAGAACCAUGAUGGACGCCGUACGUAUGGACUUCAAAAUUAACAUUCCAGCACUCAGAGACAGACAAGGAGACAAAUCACUCGACGGAUUCAUGUUCAACUACGCCUCCUCCGUCAGGGACUGGUGCGGCUCCUUCGGCGGAGUAGAAGUACCAUUCUCCUGCUCCACACACGGCUUCAAAAACUACUACCUACCCGAAGGCGCCUAA